AUGGCACCACAACCUCCAACACAUCCCUCACGUAGCAAACUUCUUGGACUUCCCUCACAACCGAAAACAAAGCGGAAGAAGAAGGAAAAGCCAGCCCACAUUCGCGGUCCAGCAUACUCCAAGGCACACACCGUGAACCCUAUCAAACGUCGCAUCCGUGACCUUGAGCGCUUGCUCUCUGGCCCGCGUAAUAUCCCUGCCGAUGUACGAAUAGCACAGGAGCGAGAGCUGGGGAGCCUGAAGAGAGACCUAGAGCAAGAGGAGGCGGAUAUGCGACGGAGCGAGAUGAUUAGAAAGUACCACAUGGUGCGGUUCUUUGAAAGCAAGAAAGCUGAGCGCAACCUCAAAAAAGCCCGCCGAGCUCUGAAUAAUGCAACGACGCCAGACGAGACUGCGACAGCACAAGCGCACGUACAUACAUGUGAGGUCGAUUACAACUACACAAGAUUUUAUCCAUUUUUGAAAGCAUAUCAUGCGUUAUACCCACGGCAACAGGGCCAGGUCGUAGGCGAGGGAAGCAAGCCAGAAGAGGGUGAAAAAAUGGACAUUGACACUGAAGCAAAGCCUGAGAGUACUAUAACUGAGGGCAAAGGUGAUCGCGAAAUGUGGGCAGCGAUUGAAAAGGCGAUGGUGGACGGGACAUUAGAGGCGUUACGCGACAGUAAGGUGCAUGCUCCCGGGGAAAUGAAGAACACGAAGAAGUCGGCGAGGGUUGAGAAGGAAGGACGUCCCACAAAAGCGAAGUCAAGGAUAGAGAAAGCGAGUGGUGGUCGAGACAAAGCGAACAAUGCGCGCGAGGAAGACGAGGAUAGCGACGGUGGGUUCUUCGAAUGAAGUCA